AUGGCCGAGAAGCAGGGCCAUAAGAGGACAUGCGACGGAGACGACAAGGAGAGCUCGAAGCGGAGCAAGGGAGCGGAUGGUAGCCGCGGGUCGAAGCCUGCGCAACAGAGCGUGGUCGACCAGCUGAAGACGAAGGCUGGGUGGAAGGUGGUAAGGACGUCGCACAGCAAGGGAGGCGGAUGCGGGGGAGCAGAGGGUGGCCCUGCCGACGGGGUUGCCGCUAACGUAGCUGCUCCGACUGGCCCACCUUUGGUUGCCGAGCAGACCCAUUCUCAGGCGAGCGGUGGGAAAGGCGUGACCGACAAGGAGGUGCCAACUGCUCAGGCGGCGAAUGAUGGCGACUCCGGAACCACCAAGGGACCGUCCGUCGCGGCGGCGGCCAAGCCUGCUUCUGCUACGAUUGCCGGCACCACCAAGUCGAGUCCCCGUAACCCCCUUGCGGCUACUAGCGUGCCUCCCGGCCAGUCAGGUGCGAACAAAGAUGGGGAGGCUGCUCCAGCUCCAGCAGCCCCGGCUGCCGCCAAGGGCGUCGCGAAGGCUGCUUCGGCUAAGGGUGAUGUCGUGGCAUCAGCUAAGGCCCCCCCCGGUGGUACCGCGCUCACGGAGAUGCUCCGCCGCAUGGAGGCACAUAGCAGGGAUGUGCAGCAGCAUCCCGUGGUCGACGCCGGCCUUCCUGGAACAACACGUCGCUCCGUCACUACGCAGUUUGCCAGCAAGUCGUCCGGUGCCCCACCUGCCGCACCUGCGGUGGCCGCCCCACCGCCUGCGGACCCCAAGUCCGCUUUUCUUCGCGCCCAUUUAGGCGCACGCAAAGCGGCUGCUCCGUCAGUGACCCAGCCGGAACUCGGCAAAAGCACGACGCCGACGUCGGUAAAUGCGACCGCACCCACACCAGGUGCAUCUGUGGUUGAUGUGGCGACAGAGAAGGAAGUGAGUGCAGCGCUCGCCACCGGCGGCCGCGCAGACAAGCAUGCCGACCUCGCUGUCGUCAUGGCCCAUUUUGAGGCAGCAAAGCACCCCGAGCACGCCCCUGUUAUGGCCAUCAUGGACACGGCGCAUGUGGUGCCGUCGGCGACCCACGGAGGGGGUUCGGCGGAGCAGACAGCCGCAACGGCUGCUGUCACCGAGAGAAAUGCUGGACGGAAGGAAAAGGACGACAACGGGAAACGGAAGGCGGUCUCUCAGAGGAGCACGCGGGCGAUGUCUGCAGGGAAGUUGAUGUCGGAAGAGAAAGGGAAGAAGGCGGAAGGGGAGCAGGACAAGACGGGCGGCACGGGUAAGCCGGCGAAGAAGAAGGAGAAGGCGGAGGAGGAGGACGAGGAGGGCGGCGAGGGAGAUAAAGAGCAUGGACGCAAGGGUCAUGGCAUCCGCCGAGAAAAGGCUGGCGACGGGCAAGGGUGGGUGGGCGAGAUUAAGGUAAACGGACAGAAUCGGUACAUCGGCAAGUCGAGGGAGAAGAUGGAGCUGGCCUACGUGUUCCCUCGUGGGAACUGUUCCUAG